GCCAUAUGACAGCGCUAGCAGCAACAGCAAGCGGAGAGCUUCUCCGGCGGCUUUUGCUGCAGUACGCUGAUUGCCACUUUCCUAGCAGCCAGCAAGAUCCCCAGCAGCAGGCACUCGGAGGAGACUCUGCGUGGGCGCUUGUUUAAGGAGUACCUGACUAAACAAUUGGGUUAUUCUUUAACUGCGGGAGAAGUGCCUGUAUUCCCUUCACGCGGGCUCCCUGCGGGGUGUCUGCAUUCCUAAUUUACUGGAGCCGUUUCUCCCUCCUCUUUUUGCCUGUUACUUCUUUUUCUUCCUUCCUCCCCCCUUUUCUUUUCUUUUUGUGUUUUCGGUCGUUAUUCACCCCCAAAUCUGUGCUGCAUCACCAGCUCUCAUUAUGCUGUGCUCGGUAGCCCGGUGCGCUCCCCGCCUCUGCUAGGCAGCGGCAGCAUGGAUGGUGCUCUUGCGACGACCUCUGCCGAUGCUAUCAGUCCACUGCGGAUAGGCAUGCUGAGUAAUCCUGCUGUAAAUGGGCGAGGACACGGACACACGGAAAAUUAACCACAGCUUUCUUCGAGACCACAACUAUGUGACUGAAGAUAUCGCUUGCUGGCUGCAGAGUGGGUGGAUUCAGCUUCCUUCUGGAGCCGGAGCAAAUCACUUGUGGGAGAUCUUGCUUUCUGCUGGGUCCUGCAGACAACAUGGAAGGGGAGAGCAUCUAUGAGGUUGAUUCUGGAGAUGGGCUUGGAGCUGAUAUUAUUUCUACAGUCGAGUUCAACCACACUGGAGAGCUGCUGGCUACUGGUGACAAGGGGGGUCGGGUUGUUAUAUUCCAAAGGGAACCUGAGAGUAAAAAUGAGCCUUACAGUCAGGGGGAGUACAAUGUUUACAGCACUUUCCAGAGCCAUGAACCUGAAUUUGAUUAUUUGAAGAGCUUGGAGAUAGAGGAAAAAAUAAACAAGAUCAAGUGGUUACCACAGCAAAAUGCAGCCCACUCACUUCUAUCAACAAAUGAUAAAACUAUCAAGUUAUGGAAAAUUACUGAAAGAGAUAAGAGACCAGAGGGGUACAACUUAAAAGAUGAAGAAGGAAAACUUAAAGAUCUUUCUACAGUAACAUCACUACAGGUGCCUGUAUUGAAACCUAUGGAUUUGAUGGUAGAAGUCACUCCCCGGAGAAUCUUUGCUAAUGGUCACACCUAUCAUGUCAACUCAAUAUCUGUCAACAGUGACUGUGAGACAUACAUGUCAGCGGAUGAUCUCAGGAUUAACCUCUGGCAUUUAGCAAUCACAGACAGGAGCUUCAACAUUGUAGAUAUAAAGCCAGCCAAUAUGGAGGACCUGACGGAAGUGAUUACAGCCUCUGAGUUUCAUCCCCAUCAUUGCAAUCUCUUCGUCUACAGCAGCAGCAAAGGAUCGUUGAGACUCUGCGACAUGAGGGCAUCAGCCCUCUGCGACAAACAUUCCAAGCUUUAUGAAGAACCAGAAGACCCCAGUAACAGAUCAUUUUUUUCAGAAAUUAUCUCUUCAGUGUCAGAUGUCAAAUUCAGUCACAGUGGUAGAUACAUGCUAACAAGAGAUUACCUCACUGUCAAAGUUUGGGAUCUGAACAUGGAAACAAAGCCCGUAGAAACGUACCAGGUCCAUGAUUACCUUAGGAGCAAGUUGUGUUCCCUCUAUGAGAAUGACUGCAUCUUUGACAAGUUUGAAUGUGCGUGGAAUGGAUCAGACAGUGUCAUAAUGACAGGUGCAUAUAACAACUUUUUUCGAAUGUUUGACCGAAAUACCAAGCGGGACGUUACCUUGGAGGCGUCCCGAGAGAGCAGCAAACCACGAGCGAUUCUUAAGCCCCGGAGAGUCUGUGUCGGAGGCAAACGGAGGAAAGACGACAUCAGCGUUGACAGUUUGGACUUUACUAAGAAGAUCUUGCACACGGCGUGGCACCCCACCGAGAACAUCAUUGCUAUAGCAGCGACAAACAAUCUGUACAUAUUUCAGGAUAAAGUGAACUCAGAAAUGCACUAGAUUUAUGAAUAUCCCUCCAAUUUACAAACCAGCCUCUUGCGAGUUGUAGAAGGAUGUGAUCUUCACAAAAAUUGUGGCUUCUGUGGUGGAAUUUGUAGGCUGCAUCCUUUCAGCCCUCGGCCUGUAUUAGUAUUGGUGGCAAGCCAACUGUUUUCCAUCACUGCAACUGUACGAGUAAAAGGCACGACUGCAAAUGCAGCGCUGUGGUCUGUGUCGGCUCCUUAGGCGCGGGGGGCAGCCGUUUCGGGAGUCCCGGGAGGGCUGCGCAGUUUGCGGGCCACAGCAUUUACCACAUUGUUAGAGCUUUUUGCCUCAGUCUCUGGAUUUUUGUUCUUUUUUAAGUAAGGUUUUCCUGUCUUUAAUUAAGCCAAACCUCUCUGUGAGUGAAUGAGUAGCCACAUCCCCUUAUCUCACGUGCCACGUUAGAAGGGCCUCUUUACAGCUGUAAGACUGGAAGGAAAAUUAUUGCCAUUCGUCCUGGCGAAAAGCUGCCCCGUCUCACCUGUCCCAUGCCCUUCUUCACAGCAUUUUCUUUAAACAUCUGCUAACUUCGUACUUCAUAUUUUUGAGUGAAUAAGUGACAAACUGAUACAGUUACUCAGCCAGUUUGUUUUAAGUUCAUUCUCCAUAUAUCUCUUUGCUCUGGUUAAAACAACGAUAGUAUCUUCAUCAUGUGGAGGACAAUUUAAGAACGCGGCAUGGCUGCGCCACCACUGCCUGGCUGUUCAAAUACCGCAAUAGCAGGUUAAAUACUUACACCCAUACUACUCUUUGGGGGGUUGGAGGGCUAAAGGUCUUGGCUAAAAUGCUGUCUGUAAAGGCAAGCAUUGACCUCAAAGGGAGCAAAGUUAAGUCACUGCUCGACACUUCAGAAAAAUCCCUCGUUUGUUCGUUGCAGCCCGGCUACCCAAAUCCUGGCAUUUGGGGAACAUAGCCAAUGCCAUGAUAGCUUUAACUAUAAAGAAUGGUGAAUUUUAUGUUUGUAAAUUCGUCAAAGGCUGGAUGACAAAAUUAUUCCUGGAAAAAUGAGAAUAAAGAAAACCCCCAAAUUCCAAAUCAAACAAACCCUUUUCCACAUAAAUACACUUAGAUCUUUCUCCAUUUUCAAAUGAAUAGUGAUGUAAAUGGAAAAUGAAAAUACAUGCAAAUGCUGUACCUCAUGCAGGAAGCAUAUAGGUGAGGUAUACUAGACAGGAAGUACUUCUUAAUCCAGGGGGGAAAAAAUAUCAAAAAUAAAUAAUAAUGAAAAAAAAUCUGUCUGCAACCAUCUGAUAAUGGCUGCAGAAAAAUUAAUAUCCCAAAGUAUUUGUUCCCGAAUGAUGAACAGAAGAGCACAAUUCAGAUGAGCUGUUAAUCUACCCUUAUUAAAACUCUUCAGAAAAAUAAUCUUUAAGCCAUUAUGCACCAGUUUAUUUGGUAAGUGGAGACUGUACUGGUAAAUGGAUCUGCAUGCUUUUAUAUUUUGGUUUGGGGGAAAGGGUGGGUGAAAAAUCUGCUUACAAGAACUAAAAAACAAAGUCUAAAGCUAUUUUAUAUGACAUCUUAACACAACACAUGAAAUCUGUAUGUUUGAAGUUUUCUAGAUCAAUGCUGUAUAUUUUGUGUGUGUAGAAGCACAAACGCAUGUGCAUCAGUUUCCAGCCAUACUAAACACAUAUGGUAUGAAAUGUGUAGGUUAAUUUUAAAGAGAAUGAGGAAUGUUUGUUUAUAAAAUACUGUAUGCUCUAGAAAGCAUGGACAGUAUUAUAUGUACAUAUUUAUUCUAAUGAAAUUUAACAAAAUUGCUUUUUUUCCUUGUAAAAAGGUUUAAGAAUGUGGUAAAUUGUAUAGAAAUCUUGUUAAUGCCAAACUACUGCUUAAAGGGUGUCAUACAAUUUCUUUGACUUUUGGCCUCUUCCAUUAACCUUUGCAGCUCAAAAAAAAGAAAAAAAGAAAAAAGAAAAAAAAAAAGAAAAAGCUAUCAGCUCAUAUUGGCAUUUACAGCUAGAAGUACUGUAAAACAUAUAUUUAGCUUUUAACAUUCUCAAGUAAGAUUCUAUAGAUAACUUAUUAUAAAGCAAAUCUUGAUACAUUUUUUUUUGUUUUGAUUUUGAGUACCUUACUCUGUUUCUGCUUUGGGUACCAAAAAGAUCAUGAUAAAAUUAAAUAAAUAAAUAUAUCUUUGGAGCUUUAUAAAACUGUUGAAAUAAUACCCAACCAAAAUACCAUGAAGUGAUUAUAGAGGAAAGAAAUAGAAAUCUUUCAAAGACCAGUAUUCCAUUCAUGUCUUUGACAUCACUACUAGAGUUCAGUUUCCUGGUCUUCUUGAAUGUAUGGAAAGUUAACAUCGUCAUUGUGAACGUUUCCAACUUUCUUUCUCUUUUUAGUUUGAGCUUUCAGUGGCGUAGAGUAAGUGAUGGUAAAGUUGGUAAAUCUGAUUGUUUUGAAAGCUGUUGUUCAUGGCUGCAUUCUUUGUGUUGCACAAAUUAGCUAACUGUUGUUGACUAAAAAUAUAAAUAUGUUAAUACCAGCUUUUUCAAUAAAAUUACAACAAAAAAAGGCAUAA